AACUCACACUGGAGAGAAGCCUUACAAAUGUAAAGAAUGUGCCAAAGCUUUUCGUAGAAAAUCAAACCUUACUUGCCACAUCAGAACUCACACUGGAGAGAAGCCACACAAAUGUAAAGAAUGUGGCAAAGCUUUUGGUCACAAAUCAUACCUUAUUUGUCACAGGAGAACUCACAGUGGAGAGAAGCCCUACGAAUGUAAAGAAUGUGCCAAAGCUUUUGGUAGAAAAUCAAACCUUAUUUGCCACAGAAAAACUCACACUGGAGAGAAGCCCUACAAAUGUACACAAUGUGGCAAAGCUUUUGGUUACAAAUCACAACUUAUUUGCCACAGAAGAAUUCACACUGGAGAGAAGCCCUACGAAUGUAAAGAAUGUGCCAAAGCUUUUCGUAGAAAAUCAAACCUUAUUUGCCACAGAAAAACUCACACUGGAGAGAUGCCCUACAAAUGUACACAAUGUGGCAAAGCUUUUGGUUACAAAUCACAACUUAUUUGCCACAGCAGAAUUCACACUGGAGAGAAGCCCUACGAAUGUAAAGAAUGUGCCAAAGCUUUUCGUAGAAAAUCAAACCUUAUUUGCCACAGCAAAACUCACACUGGAGAGAUACCCUACAAAUGCAAAGAUUGUGGCAAAGCUUUUGGUCAAAAAUCAGACCUUAUUUUCCACAGGAGAACUCACACUGGAGAGAAGCCCUACAAAUGUAAAGAUUGUGUCAAAGCUUUUGGUCAAAAAUCAGACCUUAUUUGACACAGUAGAACUCACACUGGGGAGAAGCCUUACAAAUGUAAAGAGUGUGGCAAAGCUUUUGGUUACAAAUCACAACUUAUUUGCCACAGCAGAAUUCACACUGGAGAGAAGCCCUAUAAAUGUUCAGAUUGUGGCAAAGCUUUUGGUCAAAAAUCACACCUUAUUUGCCACAGAAGAACUCACACUGUAGAGAAACCCUACAAAUGUACAGAAUGUGGCAAAGCUUUUGGUUACAAAUCACACCUUAUUUCCCACA